AGAAAAACGGGUGCAAAAAGAAAUCCAGUUAUGAGAAAAAGCACUCUCCUUCGUCCAAACGGUGAUAUUGAUAACAGAUAAACUUUGUUUCAGUGAUCAUUAUCCACAUCACUUCACAUCACCCAUGGCUGCCUCAUCCACCAUCAACAACUUCCUCUCUUUCUUCUUACCCACAAAACCUCCGCCACCCUCUACCCCGCCGCCGAUCCAAUUCAACCCCACCACUUCUUCUCCCUCUCAGAAACCCUCACAACCCCUAAUUGCGCAAUAUGACCCUUCUUCUUCGUCUUCUUCUUCUUCUUCUACUACUUCUUCUUCUUCUUGCUCUGAAUUGUCCUCUGUGAUAUGCCCCUCCAUGGCGUACACGAACACGCUCUUCUUCCAGUCACCGUACAACGUGCAGGUGGUGGUGGCCCAGGACGAGCCCGAGGAGCGCCUCCUCAACAGGUUCCGCAGAGAGGUGUUGAAGGUCGGCGUCAUUCAGGAGUGUAGGCGGAGAAGGUACUUCGAGAACAAACAGGAAGAGAAAAAACGCAAGUCGCGUGAGGCUGCCAAACGUAACCGCAAAAGGCGCCCCAUGUCAAAAACUGAUGCACAGAAAAAACAGGAUGUGCCAGCAACCAAGAGAGAAGAUGAGGAUAACUGGGAUCUACCUGAUGGAGAUACUCUGUAUUAAUGCUUUCAUCCCCGAAGUUCUGUAGCUUUCUUUGAUUUCACUGCAUGUAAGUUUUGUUAAGUAGAAUGUGCUCUUGGGUGGAUUUUCUAUGGCGUUGAAUUUAAUAUCAUGUAACUUGCUUUUGUUGUGUCCUUA